GCACAGCACAUAGACGGAACGCUCACUUGCACUGUGGGGUGGCAGUUCGCAGGCAGUUCUGUGGCAAAGGCUGCAUUUGGAAUGGGGGUUGGGGAGUAGCAGGAAGUGACCCCUGAGAGAACAUGAAACACCUGGGCAGUGGGCUUGAUGGCAGAAGAGGCCAUUGGCAGCUUGCUGGGAGGCAGUGGACGUACCCGCUCCCUCGCCUCUGCUGGAGGAGUCAUGCUCUGUCCCACUCCUGUUUCAGAGGCUGAGGGGAUCCUGCAGCAGAGCACUAGGACCAGACGCCCAGCGAUGACCAGUUCCCCCGUCUCCAGAGUUGUCUACAACGGCAAGAGGAACAGCAGCCCCCGCUCGCCCACCAACAGCAGUGAGAUCUUCACCCCCGCCCACGAGGAGAAUGUGCGCUUCAUCUAUGAAGCCUGGCAGGGUGUGGAGCGAGACCUGCGCAGCCAGCUGUCGGGCGGUGAGCGGGGCCUGGUGGAGGAGUACGUGGAGAAGGUCCCCAACCCCAGCCUGAAGACCUUCAAGCCCAUUGACCUAAGUGACCUGAAGCGCCGGAACACGCAGGAUGCCAAGAAGUCCUAGAGUGCCAGUGCCCCUCCCCUGGCCUCUGGAAGAUCAGGGUGCACUUGAUGUUGGCUUCCUCUUGUCCUGUGGGCCCCACUCCCAGGAGGAGAGAGGGGCUGUGCUCCAGUGGGCUACAAACCCCAGGGUCAGCAGAAUUGAUGGCUGAGGCCACUUUUCCUCUCUGCGUCCUCUCCUUUUCUCCCUGGGAAUCUCAGGCUGCCCCUGUCACUUGAGGGGGGUCUGACCCUGCCUGCCCUCCCCCAGAGGCCUUGACCCUUGUCCCUUCUCACCUGCCACUGCCCCUCCCUCCUGGUCCUGGCCACUACAGGAGCAGGAAGGAGAAGGGGGCCUGUUUCCCAGUUUGGUGGAACUGACUCGCUUUGUCCUUGAGAUGACCAGGAAGUGGGACAAGCACCACUGCCCCUGUGCCCAGCUUGGGGCCCCACGACCCCUGCUGCUCCUCUGGCCUCGAUACUUGGGGAGCCUCCAGUCCCCACUGUCCAGCCUACCCCUUCUCUGCCUCAGCUUCAGGAUGGCACCGGGUCCCUGGGCCUGAGACAGUGCUGACCUUCCUGAAGGGGUCCCCAGCAACCAGACCUGGCCUGGUGCCUACAGUCCUGUGGCCACAGUGGCACCUGUGGGCCAGGGGUCCCGAGACUGACCCUGAAGUGGUGCUGUUGGGCCUGUCCUGGCUCUCUGGAGUGUGUGGGAGGGUCACCAGGGCCCCUUUUUCUUCCUGUACCUUCUGGAAGUCAAGUGUCUGUGUGGCCCUGGAGCCUGGGGGUCUGUGAAUAAACCUGGGUGGCACUGGGA